UAUGGACUCCUUACCAGCAGCUUCUCACUCAAUCAUCACGAUCACCUCAUUUAUAACGACUUGAAAAAUCAAGAUGAAUCUUGAUAUUCCCAUCACGGAGAUGUAGGGCUACCGCUACAGUAAUAUUAUAAUAAACCUGUGUAGGUCUUUUCUUGUUGAGCUUUUCAUUAGUACACCAACAUUUUUGAUUCGGGCUUCGUUUUUGUGUACUAUCUCAUAUGUUACUUGCCAUAGAAAUCAGGAUGAAAAAAAAUGAAUGCGCGUCAGAGUAGCUUUUCCGUCGCGAAUGGGGCAGAAAACCACACUACAUCGAGCUGAGAAGUUGUAGCACAACAGGAGCUCGAUGCGAAGCCGGACGAUCUUCUUCAAAGCUUUUCGAAUCAAGAAAAACGACCAGUAAGACCUUCUUCUACAGAUCACGACGUUGCCGCGCGCUUCUAGCCAUUCUUGCUGUGCAUCCUCAUAUUCGAUUUCCUCAUAUUCGAUUUCUUGCUGUACCCCGAUAAGGCGAUUCAUUCUGUGGCAUGACACGUUGUCAAAUUAGUGCUCGCGGCCUGGGCAGCGUCGAUACAAGGGGACGGGCUGCGAGAGCGACCAAAUUAGUAGAACGCCUUCUCUUGGCAGGAGGGAAGUAACACAAGCACAUUUCGUUGCGCAACUUGGUUGAAGCGAAAAAACCCACGGGGAUGAGUGGUCCCGGUUGCCAGCAGCGGUUAACGACCGUCGUCGAACGGUCUCUGUACCGCCACAUGCAGCGGGAGGUGCGGAAGUUCGACUUUCGGAAGUUCAUAUCAAGGGGAAAGAAAGUAGGUGUCAAGUAUACAUCUGGGUUGCAGCAAGAAAUCCUUACGUUGGAUUAAAGUAAGUCUGCAUGUUCUCGGUGGCGCCAGCCGACGGGCUUCAUCUGAAAGACAGAUAUAAUUAGUGUUGUAAUCCGGGAUUUUUCACGAGAGCUUCAAGAAUUCUUGGACAUUUUCAUUUUCCUCGUCUAGGCCCAGAGGCAUAAUCUACUUUUUUGCAAUGCAUACCUGAAAAUGCCGGCGAUCCAAGAGCUUUGGGGCACGGGCAUCUACCAGCAGAUCGAGGUGCAUGAGAAGGGGUUGAAACGGUUAGUGCCCGUGGAGCUUAUCAAAUGUAAAAAUGUCUGGGUCUGGAAGAAUGCCAGACUUGUGAUGCAGGUUUUCCAUGACCCAUGAGGUCUGGAAUGCGAGACCCAGCAUGACAGAUUCUUUGAAGUCUCUAUCAUGCCUUUCCUGCGUGAGAAACUCCCUCUCAACUUGGUCAAAAGCGGACAGCUUUUGGCACUCACGCAACACAGAUUUUUGCAUCAUUUAGAUUUAGCAUGACAAGUUCUAAUCUUCCAGAGCCAGACAUUUUUGCGUUUGAUAGAGCUGCGCGACUACGUAAACGCGAAGACUUUGUACACGUCCAACCAGAUGAUUCUAGACGAGCAGUGGUCGGGCGCGAGCGUGAGGACCAGUCAACAACAUGGUGAUGCUUCUGUUUUUACCACUGCUGGUGGUGAAGAUGUAGCAGCAGAAGCGGAAGUUGUAACUGGUGCGGACGAUGAAAAAUCACCUAGUGCAACAAGUUCGACGUCCAUCGCUGCAGAUUCCACGAGUGCAACCGCACCUACCUCUCCUGUUCGUGAAAGGACUACUUCCAGCGCAGGAGCAGCUGCGUCCGCAACCAGCCAUGCUAGGGAUCAUGUGGCGGAGAGUGCUGGAGUUGAAGAAGAAGAAUUAUCGUGCGCUACGAUCAGCAACGAGCAAGAAGAAAUUCACCGCGUAGAAGGCGCUGCUGAUUGCGAAGAAGGAGAUCUACUUGCAGACAGCGAGCCAAAAAUUUCUGCGACGAGCACGCUCUCCCUUAGUGAAGAUGAUGAUGAACUACACGAUCGGCGGCCCACAAGGUCCCAGCUCCGAAAAGACUGCAUCCGGUGGGCGACGGAUACGCACGCUGCGUUCGAAGUGCUCAAGUACUAACUUACCACAGUUGCUUUCUCGACGUCGUGCAUCGCUCUGGUGGCAGUUAUUACUUAUGUAGUGCGUAUGUUGAUGCUUCUCGUUCUCCUGCACCUGUUUUGACGCAAUGCAAGAAAUGAAAAUUAUGACUUUUCAUCUUCACAUCUUCAGGGCCUUGCGGCAACAGUCCAAGCUUUCUGAGUGCACGUCGGAGAAGCAGACGGAGGGCCUCCUCGUGGAAAUGGUCACUGGCUACGCCCAGGAGGUGUCCGACGAGGUCCGGCACAUUUUCAGCUAUAACGUGCGGCUCACCAACCUGUCCAAAAACAAGACCUACCGGGUAAUCGCGCGGUCGCUGGUAUGGAUUGGAAAUACGUCUGGGUCUGGAAACUUCCGUUGCUGAUACUUGCAUUCCAGACUCGCUGCUUGUACGGCAUAACAGCAUGAGAAAUUUCCCGCGGCUCCUUGCGGAUUCAUCCGUAUUUAGCAUUACAAAGUGCCAUCCAGCACGACAAAAAACUGGUCCAUCGCAUUCAUGCAUUAUACAGUUACGCGAAGACUUGUCAUGCAGAGUGAGCACGUCAAGAACAGGCCCCACAGUCAAGGUGACAACAGCGGCAAAAUGAUCAGCCUUCGGGCGCGCGCGAUGCUUGUCCCAUCUGCUUUUCCGACGAAUCACUUCCUUCACCAGGGCCUUGCUCAACCCUGGACCAGAACGAGUAGGACAGAGGACCCCAGAGGUAGGCACUGUAGCGGAAAGCUGGAGCAAAACUAAUGUUUUUUGAAAACGAACCCAAUAGGAGCCGACCUGCGUGGAUGGUUACAAAAUAGGUAGCUUGACCCCAAAUGGCAAUGAUCAUUGGGAGCAGCAGAGCGCAGCAGGACCCCGGGACUGCAACAGCUCACCCCUGUUUUAGAUUAGAAAAACGCAGCGCACCGAGUAUGCCGCUACCUCGACCCCUCAAGAAAAGAAGUAGCCCCCCCAACUACACAAUCGCCGUCCGCGAUCAGGAUCCCAUGCGUACUAACCAACAUUGUGCGAACCGAGAUCCCGCGGGGCACAGGGUCUGGGCGGCUCGAAGCAGAGCGUGCAGCACAAGCGGGAGACAACACAUCCAAAGGUGGGGAUGGUCUCAGGUCGUUCAGGUCCGCCAAGGGUUGCGUCUCGCUAUCAGGGUUUCGCCAACUCCGCGGGGGCGUUGCGGGUAUCUCCCUAAAACACCAAAACCGGCACAAAUUGGGCCGGCAGUCCGGGUAAUCGCUCACCAGCCGGUUUGUAUGGCGAAGAAGGUGCUCGACGAAGGAAAAAGUAAGCAUGUAAUUAGCACCUCCGGUUGGUAGAGCGAUCGGCUACCGAGGCACGUCAGGGGGCGUCGCUACUUCAAUUCAAUUCAAUUCGAAUUUCGCAUCACAAAUCCAGACCCAGACAAAUAUUUGCAAUGCAUAGCUGGUUUUCCAGAACGAAUCGGGGAACAUCACCGGCUCGGUGCGCGCGAAAACGAAGGAAUCCAUGGGCAUCGUGGGGCACACACCCGUAAUCGCCCCGGGGGACCAGUUUCUGUACGGCUCCGGAACCACGCUGAACACGAAAAAGGGGUCAAUGAGCGGCACUUUUCACAUCAUCGAGGACAAGAAACGGUAUUGUGAGGAAAAAUCCCCCCUCCCCAUAUCCAAAACGAAAUUUGUGUUGCUGUAUUUUAGUGCACAAAUCGACUUGUAUUGCUAGAAGGCCAAGAGACGCAGCUGCUCACUCCUUUAUUGCAGGCAAUUUGUCAUGCUGUUUCCCGUUUCCAGUUGCUUCCUGUCAUGCUGAACGCGCAAGGCUCUCCUAUGCCAGGCAGCACUACGAUCCACGUCCCUUCUAGCAUGACAAUGUGACUUGUGAUCACGAAUCACGCUACACAAAUCUCCCUUGGAGUAUGGGGAGGGGGGAUUUUUCAUUUUGAUAAACGGACCAAGGACUUCGAAACGCGGCCACUGGACGAGCGCUGCUCGUUCUUCGAGCAUUUGCGGAAGACGGGGAAAGUAUCAAAUGUAAAAGUGUCUGUGUCUGGAGAAGUGCAAAACUUGUAAUGCUCUCUUGCAGCGAGAAGAGAAAAACAAAAAACCUGUCAUGCAUGUCGAGCUACUGCGCUGCCUUUUUGUGAUGCAGGAACCCAGUUACUUAUUUCUCAUGCAGUUUAUUACGAAAGACCUAGUCGCUCACAAACUGAAACUUGUCAUGCGUGUCCCCAACAUAUUGGAGGUUGCUUGUGAUCGGCAAAUUAGCAUCACAACUUUCCAGACCCAGACAUAUUUGCAUUGCAUAGAAAGUAGGCAAGGAAUUCCACGCCUCAUUUCCGAUCACGAAGUGCGACUCGUCGGUCUUAUCCCUGGACCUGCCGACGUUAAUGCUGCGAAACGCGGAGAGUAAUAGUCCCAGCAGUGCAGGAGCAGGCGCUGGCGAAAAUAGUAGUACUUCACCGGGGCCGCGGGGCGGGGAAGGCGACUAGUGGGAGGUUACUUACUGGGGCCGCGGAAUAUGCACCAACGCCGCGGUAAGUGUCAGCAUUGCGUCGCAGCUUGGGGCAAUUGCAAUCAUCCUGAAAAACGCCGGAAUGAGCGUCGUGAUAUUAUACCGGAAUGCGUCGUGAUGUAUGAUUGAAGAAGUUUAUUAUUUCCAUGAAACUAUUUGUGAUUGCGGGUUUGUUGUACACAUUUUGCCGGUUGAACUUCCGUUUCUGCAUUUAUUUUCAAUGAGCCCUUGCGGUUGCGGUUUUCAUGAUGUGCUGUUUUCUGAGCUGAUUGACAAGAUGACCGCUAUACGACAUUCAUGACAGCAAGUAAAGCGCCACAAGAAUGUAAGAUGUUUUUGUUUCUGUGUUGACUUUGACUUUUCGUAGACCUGAUUGUACCAAAUUUGAACAGCCUACCCUCGUUGAGAAAUAGCCCCAUUUAUUUCUCUUUGUUUCCGGGAUAGUACGGAGCUGAGGCAACUCGGCUCCGUGCACGUGGUCCCCUUCCGUACCCAGAAAGAGUAGCUUUUUUCCCCUAAAUCAAGAUUGGAACAAAUGACAGUAUCAUGUUGACAACUUGCUUCCGGGCUGCGCUUUUUUCGCUUGAUUUGUUGACGUAACUUGUACAAUAUUUUCAAGAAAAUCAUCAAAAUUUGUGCACCAUUGGCAUCCCCGGGCCGUAGUGCGUACAGCCAUCGGAG